CCAUUCAAUAGUGGCACUUUGGCAAUAUUACGCAAAAGUUACAUUCACCUAUUGGAAGGGUAAUUCCCACACCUCACCGGCACCCAGCACCUUUUAGUGACACCUUGGAUUAAACUGCAACAGUUUAGAUAAUCGCAAAUUCAGAUAACGCAGACGUUUGAUUUUAGUAAGAUGUUAGUGAUAAAUAAGAUUGUGAAUUUGAUUUUCCUAUCCGCUGUAAUUAAUAGCGGAAAUUUUAAGUGCAGUGGUCAAUGCAUCUCAGCUAAUAACAGUCGGUCGGUAGAAUCAAGGCGGGGUGAUUACAGAUCUGCCUUAGAUAAGUUGCCGGGAGUGUUCAAGUUCAAAGUGCAGGACAGCAUUUCGCAAGUAAAUUUGCACUUUUCCGUGCCGUUUUUUAAAGUGCCAGUAAAAGGAGCCACAGAUACCGCAGGCAAAUUUUUCAGGGGAAUUCGCAAAGCGAACAAUGCAGUUUUGGUCCUCUCGGGAGUUACAGUCCUUUUCGGACUAGGCAUUGCAUUCUUCCUCACUAGUCUAGAACCCUUUUCAUUGAGCAAAACAAUAGAAAAGCUCAACAAUAUAAACUCGUUUAAGGGCCUGGAAAACGAUAUCGCCGGAGCGUCCUACGAACAUAUGAUUUUAUACUUUCUACAAAAUCAAGAGCAUAUAAAUUCAGGAUCCUGUCUCAAAAACAUAGCUUGCCAAUUAGUAAAACAAUCAAUGGUGAAAGUCAGCAAGGGGCAAGGUUCAAAUGUCAGUAAAUUAAUUGACGGAUUGACAAGCAAUCGUUGGCUUAUGUCCUUCCUUUCAGGAACCGUUAUAAGCAAAGCCAUUGCAGUUGGUAGAAGCAGAACUGAUUGCAACCAGCAUUACAAUUUAUGUAGGGGCCUGGACGCUUAUUUCACUCAGGUAAUAAAUAAGAUUUGA